UCCCCACCCCCCUGUGGGGCCACAGAAGUGAACGGCCGAGCGGGUGCAUCCGUCUGUCCAUCCCUCUGCAGCCUGGCUGCCUCCCGCCCGCUGCACAGCCAUGGCCGCCAUCCUCACCCUCCUCAGCCUCACAGCGCUGCCGCCCGCAGCCGCCAUCCCCUGCGCUGCCCCACACCCGGACAACACCACAGUCACCAAGCUCCUGGGGACAUGGCUGUACGUGGCUGGGGCUGCCCAGCUCCCCCAGCACCUCCUGGAGAUGCUGCUCAUCGACCACGGAUUCCUCCACAUGGAGCCCUGGGCCAGCAGGCAGGAGUUGCUCAUCACCCAGACCGUGGCUGUGGGUGACCAAUGUCUCACCAACAACUCCACCUACUUGGAAAUCACACCUGGUAACACCACGCUGGUGAAGCACGCCAAGACUCAACAAACCUUGGGGACACUGAUGAACCUCAGCUCUGAAGAUGUUCUCCUCAUCCAGUAUCAACUGCAGAGGGAAAGGACAUAUUUGGGGCUGUAUCUCUACGCCCGGAACCAGAGCGUGAGCCCAGCCCACCGGGAAGAGUUUGAGCAUCAGGCCAAGUGCCUGGGGCUAAAUGAAGAGGAGCUGGUGUAUGCACCAUGGAAAAGGAGGGAGCUGUGUCAAGUGAAAGAAGCCGAAGAAGGAGACAGCCCAGGCACGGAGCCCACGGCUGUGGUCACAGUGUCACCUCCCCCGGGUGCCCCCCAGGGGGAUAAAUAACCGCACGGCCAGCAAUAAACAUCUUUCCCACUCACACUCGAUGCAUCUUGUUGCUGGGUGCUGAAGUGCAGGGGUUCUGAAGAGCUCAGAAGUGGGGCCAGCAAAAAGGACCUGAACACCCGAUUCACCUCGUGUGCUGGGAACUCAGCCUCAAGCAAGGAGGAAUCCCAGACAAGGUGACACUUGGAAUCAGCGCUGGCUCCGUCCCCAUCAGCUUCCCACCAAGCUCUGCUGAAAAAGCAGCACUUCAAUGAGGCAGUAAUAGCAGCUAACCAGAAGAGGGCAAUCAUUAACUGGUUUAUAUGGGCGUGCCAAGCAUCUGAGGAGUAAUUGCCGUAUCUAGGCGGCCAGAAACUCACCUGUAACUGGACGGUUCCCCUUUCAGCCAGUAUAGACUGAGAGGAAGAAGGUGCUUAGCUAGAAGCAGCCACCCAGUUCUCUUGACAGAAGCUAAAGUAAUCCAGCUGGGGCAGAUGUUCCUGCCCAAAGCCUUGGACAAGGCCAGAGCUCCCUGAUAACAUUCAUUCACAGCAACAUAGUUAUGACAGCAUUGAAAAAUUAUCCUUGGGCCAGAAAGGGAGGGGAUGCUAACCCAACCCAGGCUGGAUUUUUACUUCCCCAGAUCACAUUUCCUCAUUUCCCAAUAAGCUCAGCACGCUGGAGGCAAAAGGGUUCAAGUGCCAAGAUUCCUGUUGUUCUCUGUGCCUGCUGUACAACCCCACACAUCCCAAAUCACACCCCCAGCCCCAAAGGAGGACAGCACUGUCACUGUGCUUGGGAAAGGGGAGGUGGGGGUGUAUUUAAGAAGAGACUGCUUCUGCUGUGUGUAAUUCAGAGACUAAUUCAGGCUCAGCUCUAACCUAGUAAUUAAGCACUGAAAAUAUCCCUCUUCCUUAAAAAGAAGAAAAGGAGAAGAGCUGGAGGCAGCCCUGCUCCUCCCUCUGCAGCACCCCAGGGAGCCUUUGGCCCCAUGCCUGCAGUCAACAUGUUUUACAAGGUCAAGAACAGCCAAAUCCCUCCUGGUGUCAGGGCACAAGUCCCUUCAGCCACAUCUUGCCAUAACCCCCACCUCGAGGAGCUGAAGGGCAGGAGGGGGCAGCAGCGUGAGAGGGGAUGCUGCCAGCGCUCCGGAAAGCCUCGAUAAGCGCCUCAGCUGACACGGCUGGGAAGCAGCGGCUCAGAUUACAAGGACCCAGACUUCAUGGUAGAUUUAUAGCUGAAUAAAAGCCCUGAAUUACAGUCGGAGACACAGGGAACCCACAACCCAGUCUGGUCCUGCAGCAAGUCUUGUUAACCAAAUCAGAGGCCAGUCGCAGGACCAGCUGUGGUUCCUCAAUGACCUUUAAGGAUACCGCCUGGUUGGGGUUUAAGAAAAAAAAUUGUACAAAGCUUUUCUUUUGAAAACUCUGUAAGCCAGGCUCCUUUGAGAGCCUAAUUGAAGUGCAGAGUUUCCAGCUUUUCUGGGAAACUCGCUUCUCUGAAGAAGAGAGUUAUGGAUACAGCAGAAAUGAGCCAAGUCCAGCAACACCCAGGGACAACACUCAGUGUCUGAAAUGCCCUGACUCAUCACUGCCAUCAUCAGCCUUGAGCUCAGACUUGCUGGUUUUGACUUUAACAAUUCUGUUCUCCCAGGUCCUCACAGGGAGAAUCCUUCCCUGUAUCAGCAUCCUCUGUGAGAAUCCUCUCAGGAAGAGUCUGGUGACAAACAGCAUCAAUAAACAAUACUGAGAAAGAGAUGCAGAUGACAUGGUAUCUCUUUGACAGACCUUUAUUAGCAGACUGUUCCCUACAUGAAGAAUCCAAGUUAAAUUUGCAUUAUAACAAUUUGUGGUUACAGCUACAAAGAUGGUUGUCAUUUUGCAUUGAUUUUUGCAUUCUGAUAUUCAUAUUUCCUUUAGGCCACUCUGGUAGGAAGGAGCCACUGCAGAAUUUGUGAUAGGUCUCAAGAAGUGGGGGGGGG